AUGACAGCUGUUCUCGCUCUAGCUGGCUUGGUUCUGAUGCUGCUCACCACAAGUGUCAGGUCUGAGUCGGCAGAGCUGAGGUUCCAGGGCCAGACUCAGUUUGUUGUGAACGAGAGCAGCAGGGCCAUAGUGCGUCUGCUGGUCGAACGAGUAGGAGAUCCAGUUAAUGUCACUGCUCUAAUUCUGCUGCAGGGAGAGGACACUGGUGACUUUGAGGCCACAACUGCUGCUGCUUUCCUCCUGUCUUCUGAAAGCAGCAAAACCAUCUUUAUCGCUGUUAGGGAUGAUGAUUUACCUGAGGCUGAUGAGACCUUUGUAUUCAACCUCAGCCUACAGAGCUCCUCAAAUGGGGUGACACUGGGAACUCCAAAUACUGCCACCAUCACCAUCCUGUCCAAUGACAAUGCCUUUGGAAUCAUUUCCUUCAACUCAACCUCCCUUAUUACUGUGGAGGAGCCAAGAGGUAGAAGCCAGUAUUUGCCUCUGACUCUCCUUCGAGAGAAGGGAACCUAUGGCACUGUGACCGUAAACUUUGAGAUUUUUGGAGGUCCAAACCCUGCAAGUGAGGAUCUUAGUCCAGACAUUGGGAAUAUUACCAUUCCUCCAGGUCGUUCUGUUGUUGUUUUCAGCAUCAUGAUACAAGAUGACAAGCUUCCGGAAGAUGAUGAGACCUUCACAGUGCUGUUGACAGAAGCAGCUGGAGGAGCUUUGCUCAAUCCUAACAGAAGCAGAGUGCAGAUCAAGAUCUCCCGUAAUGAUGCUCCUGUCCGCUUCUCCAAGCCCACUCUUGUUGUGCCAGAGAACAUCGGUGUCAUCUCUCUCACUGUUACUCGUGGCAGAACUGAGGAUGGUUUUCUUAUUGGUUCAGAUGAUAGAGCUGUAUCUGUGGCCUAUGCAGUCGUAACGGGCAACGGGGCAGCCAGUGCUACCCCGUUGGUAGACUUUGUGGAUUUAGAGAAAGAGAGGAUGGUUGUUUUCCUUCCAGGUGUUCAUGAAACACAGCUCCGCUUCAGCAUCACAGAUGACAACAUUCCAGAAAUUGCAGAGUCUUUCCAGGUGUUUCUUCUGGAAGAGACGCUAUUGGGUGAUGCAGUGCUAUUGUCUCCAAGUGUAGUGCAAGUGACCAUUGAGCCCAACGAUAAGCCUUAUGGAGUGCUGUCAAUCAGUCCUUCCCCAAUACAUCCUCUCAUCAUUAAUGAAGACCUGACCCAAGAAUAUGAAGGCAUAACCAUUGUGAGGAACGGGGGAACUCAUGGGGCGGUUUCGGUUAGAUGGAAUAUUACGAGAAACUCCACAGACAGUACUCCUGUCUCCGCAGACCUGAACCCUACCUCAGGUACACUGAGGUUUGCUGUGGGGCAGAUGAGUGCUGUUCUGCCUUUAAACAUCACUCAGGACAACCUUCCUGAAGAAGCGGAGGCCUUCCUCCUCAGACUGAUCCCAGGAUCUGUACAAGGAGGGGCUGAAGUGGAUGAACCUAUGGAAAUGGUGUUCUACAUUCAGGACAGUGAUGAUGUCUAUGGUCAAUUUGUCUUUCAUCCGAAAGAGAACCAGAGUAUUCAGAGUCAGCCAGAGGGGCGAUUCCUCUCGCUUAGCUUCCUCCGGGAAGGUGGUACCUUGGGAGAGGUGCGACUUACCCUGACUGCCCUCUACAUACCUGCCAGACCUCUGGACCCCUCACGAGCUAGAGAUGGUGUGCUGAACGGUACCAGUGUCAAUAGUGUUCUGUUCAAGUCGGAUCAGUCACAGGCUCAACUCAUCCUGCCAAUUCGCAAUGAUGCCUUCCUACAGAACGGGGCUCAUUUCCUCAUACAGUUGGACAGUGUGCAGUUGGUGGACAUCACCCCACUAAUUCCAUCUAUUAGUCCUCACUUUGGAGGAGCUUUGAACAUCUCACUCGUCAUCACACCUGAUAUCGCAAAUGGAGAGAUUGGUUUCACCAGUAAUCAGACUGUGGUCGCACUGGAACCAGAGGAUUCCAAUUCAAGCUUGAUAACUCUUCAGCUGAGACGAGAUGGGACUGACGGUCAGGCGGUGGUCUUCUGGAGUCUGCGGCCCACUGGCGAAAACAGAGACGACGUCACUGAGGGUGACAUUUCACCUUUUGUCGGAUCAGUCAAGUUCCUCUCAGGACAAAGUGAAGCAGAGGUUAACAUCACCGUAAAGGCUGAUAACAUUCCAGAGAUUAAUGAGACUGUCAUCCUUACACUAGACAGGACUAAUGUGGACAACCAAAUCCUGAAACCAGGUUUCACCAGCCGAGAAAUUGUCAUUCUGGAAAACGAUGACCCCGGAGGACUCUUUGAGUUUUCCCCAGUUUCUAAAGGACCUUGGUUUAUCAAUGAGGGGGAGACCGUUGAACUGAGGGUGAUCAGAGAGCAGGGCAAGCUGCUGAACCAGCUUAUAAGAUACACAGUGGUACCGUCUGGAAAUGCUCAGUUUUAUGGGGCCACAGGGAUUCUAGAGUUCCAGCCAGGGGAAAGGGAAGUGAUGGUGGCCCUGGUAGCCAAGCCUGAUGGAAUUCCAGAGCUAGAUGAGACAUAUUCAGUGGUCCUUAGUAGCCACAGCACACCAGCUAGUGGCCUUGGCAACCGAAGACAGGUCAACAUUACCGUGCGUAAGAGUGAUGACCCGUUUGGGGUCAUUGAGUUCAUUCGUCCUGCCCUGGACUUCACCAUCAAUGAGAGUAAAGCCAUGGAGCCUCAUUCAGCAUCUUACCCAAUUUUGAGAAGCAAAGGUACAUAUGGGAACGUGUCAGUCUUCUGGCUCCUGGAGCCCAGCCAUUUUGGAGACAUUAGCCCAGUACAGGGUGAGAUCACCUUUGCUGAAGGGGAGAACCUGAAGAACCUGACUCUAUUUUCUGUGCCAGAUGAGAUCCCAGAGAAAGCUGAAAAUUUUACCAUCACCCUUCUCAAUACACGGGGUGGAGCAAGACUUGGCAUCAUUCUGAAUGCAAGCCUAAGGAUUCGUGAGAAUGAUGAUCCAAUAUACUUUGCUGAACCUGAGGUUCAGAGGGUGAAAGAAGGGGGCAUGGCCUAUUUCACCAUCCUGCGAGCUGGACUGGCCAAUUAUAUGACCACAGUGAAGUAUCGGUUUGAGUAUGGUGACACAUCCCCAGGAGACUUCAUUCCUCUGAACAACAACUCUGUCUUGGUCUUUGAAGUUGGAGAGUGGAUCAAGAACUUAUCAGUUGCUGUGGUAGAUGAUGACAUACCUGAGACAGAUGAACCAUUUUACAUAAUUCUCUUCAAUGCCACAGGUGAUGCUGUGGUGUAUGGUCGUGACACUGUUACAGUGGUAAUUGAGGCCAAUGAUGACACCAAUGGAAUAUUCUCUUUGGAUCCCACUCAGAAGCCAGUAGAAGAGGGAAGAGCCAAUGGAUUUUAUGUUCUUAGAGACAGAGGUCACUUUGGCAAUGUCACAAUAUACUGGCAGUUGUUUGCCAAUGACAUCCCCCUUGAACCUCACCAAGAAUUCCUGAACACAUAUGGUUCAAUAGUAUUUCGUACUGGAGAGAAGACAAAUCCUAUUGUUCUUGAAGCCAUUUCUGACAAUCUCCCAGAGUUCUCUGAGUUCUAUGAGCUCAGACUCAUUAACGUCUCAGGUGGUUAUCCUGGUGAAGGUGGAAUACUGGCAAAGAAAAACCUCAAUGCAUCUGUUUUCAUUCCCUUCAAUGACGACCCAUUUGGAGUCUUUGCCAUUGAUCCUAGUACGCUAGAACGUGAGGUAGCAGAGGACGUCUUAUCAGUCGAUGACAUGUUGGGUGUCACGUCCUUCACCAUACUUCGCCAGCAAGGCACCUUCCGAGAUGUGCGUGUGGCCUGGGAAAUCCUAUCUAGUGCUUUCCCAGAUGGUCUACCACACAUGGAGGACCUGAUACUUAUGGCCUCAUUUCCUCAAGCUGUAGAGCUCCGACCACAUGCCAGGAGGCACCAUGCAGGCACCGAUGCAUACUACUUCUCUGGACUUCCAGGAGCUUAUGGGUCUAUCAGUUCAGAAACCCAUCUGCAGGUUCCUCAGAUCUUGGCUAACUUCACUCUCUCGGUGUGGAUGAUGCCCAGGCCCAGUACAGAUGGGUUUGUUGUUUCAAAAGGCAAUGGGAAUGGAACUAUAUAUUAUGCAGUUCAGGUCCAGACCAAUGCGUCCCAUGUUACUGUUAGGCUUCAUUACACAACUAUUGGAUCUAACAGCACACAGGUAGCACAAGCUACUACAGCUAAAUUUUUAGAGGAUAAUUCAUGGGUUCAAGUCAUCAUUGCUGUGGAAGAUGGAAUUAUUGAGUUUUAUCUGGACGGGAGCCCAAUAUCCGGGGGAAUUAAGAGUCUAAAAGGAGAAGCAAUUAUAAAUGAUGUUGCUCCUAUUAGAAUCGGUUCCAACCCAGAUGGUGAACAGCGCUUCACGGGUCUUCUACAAGACCUGCGUCUGUACACCAGCCGACUCAACCGCUCAGAGAUUCAUGAGCUCCACAGCCAACCUGCCAAGACCGAUCUCCACAAUGUGUCAGGAUACCUGACCUACAGGCAGGAGGAGAAACAGAAGUCAUUUGUGGUAGAGGUACGAGAUGAUCAGGAAGAAGAGGGAGAGGAGAUGUUCUACCUGCAGUUGGUGGCCGUUCAAGGUGGAGCCCGUCUACCCAUGCCCAGACCUAAUGCCAUCCUCAGAGUGAUGAAGAGUGAUAAUGCCAAUGGAUUGUUUGGCUUUACCGGUGCCUGUAUACCUGAUAUAUCUGAAGAGGGCUCCACAAUCUCAUGUGUAGUGGAGCGUACACGGGGUGCUCUGGACCACGUCUAUAUAAACUACACCGUUACUCAGGUUGAUUCACCUGCAGACUCAUCAAAUGCAUCAGAUUUUGCCAACGCUACAGGCACCAUUCAUUUCCUGCCUCUCCAGCGCUCUGAGGUCUUAAAUCUGCUGGCUCUAAAUGAUGAUCUACCUGAGGUCGAUGAGAAUUUCCUGGUUAGGCUGGUGUCAGCUAAGUCCGGAGAUGGGAAACCAGGUUCCACUCCAACCAGUGGAGCCAGCAUUGAUUCUCACAAUGCCAUCAACAAUAUUACCAUCAAAGCAAGCGACCAUCCAUAUGGCCUGCUGCAGUUUCAAACUGACCCAGUCCCUGUGGGUAUGAUCAGGCCAGCAGUGACAGAGGCCCACAUUACUGUUCAAGAGGAAGCUGGUGUGGUCAGUCUGCUGGUGGCCAGAGCACAAGGACUGCGCGGAAUGGUGAUGGUGGGGUAUUGCACAUCUCCACUGUCAGCUGUCGGCUCAGAGGACUAUGAGGACACAGAGGGAUUUCUAGACUUCCUCCCUGGUGAGAGACUCAAGUACAUUAAUGUGACCAUUAUAGAUAACUUGGUGCCAGAGUUGGAUAAAGUCUUCAGAGUGGAACUCUAUAAUCCAAAUGGAGGAGUGGAUGAGUUUUUUGCAAGUGAGGGCAGUGGAAGUGGAGAGACUGACACUGACUUCUUUCUCCCAUCUUUUCACUAUCAUCAUGCCAACCUUGGUGCUGCUGCUCGUAUCACUGUGACCAUCGCUGCCUCUGAUGAGGCACAUGGUGUCUUCCAGUUCAGUGCUGACUCUCUGAAUGUCAAUGGAACAGAGUCUGAAGAGGGCAGAAGUACUGUGAUAUUGCAGGUGAAUCGUACCUUUGGCGCACUCUCCAGUGUGACAGUGUACUGGGAGGCAGAUGCUAGUUCUGAGGGAGAACUUGUUUUUAGAUCUGGUAAUGUGACAUUUGAGGUGGGCCAAACCAUUGGGAACAUCUAUCUACUAAUUUCCCAAGAUGACAUCCCAGAACUUGAUAAGAGCUUCAAUGUCCGCAUCUCAAAUGUUUCUUAUGGUCGACUUGGGAAGGAGACUACUGCCAUAUUAACUGUUCUGGCCAGCGACGACCCUUAUGGACUGUUUGUAUUCUCUGAAAGCAGCAGACUGGUCCGUGUGGCAGAAGCUAACUCAGUCAUCACGCUGACCAUACAGAGGAGAAAGGGCUUGAUGGGAAUGGUGCGGGUGACGUACAGAACAUUGAGAGACAUUGAUGCAGCUCCAUAUAGCACAUCAGGAGUGGGUCGGGCCAGUGCAGGCAAUGAUUUUGUGCUUGUCAUGAAGUCAGUGAUUUUUUCAGCCAAUCAAAGUGAAGUAAAUGUGACAAUAACGGUGCUUGAUGAUGAGGAACCAGAGAGAGCGGAGGCCAUGUUUUUGGAACUUGUCAAUGUCACAUUGGUUGAAGGCCUACAAAACAGGCCAGUUGCUCUUUCACCUCGUCUCGGCACACGGAACCUUACAGUUGCUCAAGUCAUUAUAGAGGCCAGUGAUGAUGCUUUUGGGGUGAUACAGCUGUCUUCCCCUGCAGUGAGCGUGCCGGAGUACUAUACCGGGCCUAUUAUCAAUGUGACACGUACUGGAGGGAUUUUUGCUGAUGUGUCAGUCAAGUUCAGAGCAGUACCGAUGACUGCUAGAGUCGGAGAGGACUACAGUGUGGCUUCCUCUGAUGUGGUUCUACUGGAGGGAGAGAGCAGCAAGGCUGUUCCCAUCCUUAUCAUCAAUGAUGUGGUGCCUGAGCUGGAGGAGACCUUCCGAAUUGAGCUUCUCAACCAGACCACUGGGGGUGCUCUCCUGGGCACUCUCACACAUGCAGUUAUUACCAUCCUACCCUCUGAUGAUCCAUAUGGAUCUUUUGUUUUUCAGGCUGCACCUAUCACAAUAGAGGAGCCAGCAAUGAGUGCUUUUGAGGUCUCUCUACCCAUAGUGAGAAAUGCUGGAACUAUUGGUGAUGUGGCUGUCCAAUGGGUAGCCACUGUCAAUGGAAGACCUGCUACUGGUGAUCUUAGACCUGUGUCUGGUGAGGUCAGAUUUGCUCCUGGAGAAACAUUAAAGACACUGAAAGUGGAGGUUUUGCCUGAUGAUGUACCUGAAAUUGAAGAGAUUAUAAAGGUCCAACUCAUAAGUGCCACCAAUGGUGGAAACAUUGGAGCCGAGAAAGUGGUUGACAUCAUUGUUCCUGCUAAUGACAACCCUCAUGGAACCGUGUACUUUGAGCAAGCGGUAUACCGCAUCCAGGAACCACUGGAAGGGGUCUUUAAUGCCAACAUUACAGUUCGAAGGAGUGGUGGUAACUUUGGCUUGCUUGAGAUCCUGUACAGCACCUCUGAGAUUGACGUUGUGAGCAAUGCUCUGAGGGAGGGCCGUGAUUUUCUCAUUUACUAUGAUUCUCCAUUGGCCGGAGCGCCUGCUAAUGCCCUCCGCAGAACCAUCAACAUCACCUCAGUCACAAACGUUCUGAAUUUCUGUGCAGCGUUCUGCCUUCGGGAACGAGCUUGUCAAGCAUUCAGCUUCACCAAUGCCUCAAGAGCGAGUUGCUUUUGGAUAACAUCUGGGGCCGGCCAGCUGAGCCCUUCCCCACAAACCUUCACCUAUUUAAAAAAUGCCACAGCGACUACCUCGCUGUUUAGCUCGCAGGCUGUUGCUGGGAGUGACUACAUCACCGUGACAGCCCAGACGGCAACCAUGAUCGACCGAUCAGUGGUUGUUAACCUCACUGUACCGAUCUUGACUGACUCUUUGCCAGAGGUGGAUGAGAGUUUCAUGAUUAAAAUCCUGAGGGUUAGUUUGGCCAACAUGACUGCAACUACUAAAAACUUGCCAACAAUACAGCAGCCUGACACAGCUUUAGUGACUAUAGGAAUGAAUGGAGAUGCGUUUGGAAUAUUUCUGCUCUAUAGCAUUAGCCCCAAUGCUACUGAAGAUGGGCUGUAUCUGGAGGUGAGAGAGGAACCUAAAACGACAGUUCUGCUGGUCAUUGAGAGGAAAGGAGGUAGUCUGGGACAGGUGACAGUGGAGUGGAAAUAUGUUGGGGGCAGCGCCACACCCAAUGCUGACUUUAAUGGGACAGGGGAGAGCCUCAUCUUUGCAGAAGGUGAUGUGAAGAAGACCCUUGAGUUUUUCAUCACAGAUGAUAUGGAACCUGAGGACAACGAGACCUUACAGAUUGGGUUAGUGAGGACUGAGGGUGGCAGCCGUAUCCUGCCCAGUUCAGACACAGUAACCAUACUCAUCCUGGCAAAUGACAAUGCGGCUGGGGUGGUGGGCUUCCAUUCAGCUUCACAAUCAGUCAUCGUCAGAGAGGGUGAGAGUUUGCCACUGCUGGUGGAGAGAACAGCUCCUGCUAUUGGAAAUGUCACAGUGGAGUGGAAGAUUGAAGGCCCUCAAGUCUCAAUGACUUUUGUAGACACCUCAGGAGUUCUCUAUUUCUCUGAGGGUGUGCUAAAUAAUACUAUAAUCUUGAAGCUACUUGAGGAUACCACACCAGAAGAAAGACAGGAGUACAGUGUUAUCCUAUCAAACAUACAAACCAAAGGGGUCAUUGAGACUGGCCGGGCAGCUCUGAGCGUUCAUGGUCAGGAAGCAGUGGUGAGUGUGGAGGCUAGCGAUGAGCCUUUUGGCAUGCUCAGUAUCGCCCCCACCUCCCAGAGAGUGACUACAGUAGAGAAGGACAUCAUCGUCAGGAUCUACAUAAACAGAGAGUUUGGUGCAUCAGGUGCUGUGAAUAUAAGCUAUGAGACAGUGAGGGGCUCUCUGCAGGACCUCAAACAGACAGAGGGAGCUCUAGCUGAACCAGGCCAGGAUUUCAAAUAUGUCUCAAGCUCUGUGAUCAUGCAGGAUGGACAGACAUCUGUGUCUAUCCCCAUCAAAAUCAUAGAUGAUGACAUCCCUGAGUUGAAAGAGUUUUUCUUAGUCAAUAUAACAUCGGCUGUCCUCAUUACCAUUCUCCCAACUGCACCUAAACUGGAGAUUUACUAUACAUUGAAAGAUACUGAAGGUCUUGUAGCAGAGAUCAGCAUUGAUGCUAAUGAUGGAAUUCAAGGGAUUGUCGCCUGGCAAAACAUAGACUAUGUGGUGAAUGAGACAUUCGGAGUGUUAACUCUGGUUGCUUACCGUGAUGCUGGGACAUAUGGAAAUGUUUCCCUGUUCUUCUAUGCUCAGAAUCUAGAGGCUCAGUUGGGUCUGGAUUUCAAUGCCACACCAUCGAUGAUCCACUUUGCGGAUGGAGAACGGCACAAGUUUAUUGCAGUGUACAUUUUAGACGAUGCCUUUCCUGAAGGGGAUGAGACAUUCCAGUUAAUCCUAGCCAACCCAUCAGCAGGACUGGAACUGGGAGAAAACACUACAGCUACUGUCACUAUUCUCGCUAAUGAUGAUGGCCAUGGAAUCAUAUCCUUCAACAACAGUGAGCAUUUUCUGUUGAGGGAGCCCACCUCUAUGUCAGGCCUGGGGGAGAGUGUGGCCACACUCUACAUCAAACGAGACCCUCCUCAGGGCACAUUUGGCACCGUGACAGUCCAGUUUACCAUCACUGAUGCCAAUGGAUCCCUCUAUACUGAUGAUCUCACACCUUCUUAUGGAUUUGUGGUGCUUGAGGAUGGGGAUAGAUUCAAGACCUUGGAAAUCUGGGCUGUUCUGGAUGCUGAACCAGAGAUGAACGAGACAUUCACAGUUACUCUUUCCAACCCAACUGGAGGUGCUCGACUGGGAGACUCACUGCAGACUUUCAUCACAGUACUGCAGAACCAGGCUCCACUUGGGCUCUUCAGAAUAUCAUCAUCAACUAACAGGACUUUGGACACUAUGACAGUAGAGGAGCGUACUGGUACUGUAUACCUGACUGUAUCUCGUAGUAAUGGACUGGAGUCAGCUGUCAGUGUGGAAUGGGAGACCCGAUCAGGAACAGCAUUUGGCCUGAGGGGAGAGCAACAAGUGCUGGCUGUGUACCAGUCUUUUAGGGACAGCCUGGCCUCAGUCUGGUGUCUAGUGCCUCAUGAAGACUCUGCUCUAGUUUUGAGGCUCCUUAGAGAUUCAGCUCAGAAUCAGACUGUGCUCUACAAGUGGCAGGGCAUCUUUGUGCCUGUGGAGUUUGUCAGCAUCCAGAAUCCCAGCUCUUGUGUUGGUUUUACAGUAGGCAGUACCAGCUAUGUGGCAGUGUCUCAUACAGACAGCACUGUGCCAUUAACUGCCACAAUCAGCUUAUUUCGCCUUCAGGCAGACCUUAACCUCACUCAAGAGCAGACUCUUACUGUGAGUGGCAUUGGUGUUAAACAAUUCUCUUCUGAAUCUCAGCAAUAUCUGAUAGCUUCCAGUGAGAUCUUUGUGUGGACUGGAGGCUCAUUCACCCUCCAUCAAAAUCUAGAGUUACAAGAUAUUACCACAGUCAUGCCCUUCAGACGAGGCAGUAGCAACCUCCAACACCUGGCUGUGUGCAGGAACAGAACCUCAGAUACGUGUCUUACCUACCAGUGGAGUAAUGGACGUUUCCAGAACCCUCGACCUCUAAUAAUAAAUGCUACAGUCAAACAAGUGGAGUCCUUUCAUAUGGGGGGAGACACAUUCCUCCUCAUAGUUACUGAAGGUCCAAACCCAGCAUGUGAAGUGUUUUUAUGGGGUUUUCAGCAAAGCUUCUUCCAGCACGCACACUCUAUCCCAUUUAUAGGCCUCUUUUCGGUUCACCCCUUUACCCCUCCUUCUGGAAUAGUUCACCUAUUGCUUGCGGGUUUAAAUGGUUCAGUCCUAUACUUGUGGAGGUCAGAUCUGAGGCAGUUUGCUGAAGUAAUGAAGUCUCCUUCUGCGCGAGAGUUCCUGUAUCUCCCUGUUCCAUCUUUCAAUUCCACCAAGAGUCUCAUCAUAGCCACUGGAGAGUCAAACUCUGUCGUAUAUGAACUGACAUCAGUGUCCAACCAGUCUGACUUCAUCUCCAAUUCAGGAGAGCUGUUUUUCCAGCCUGGUGUGAGCGAGCUGGAAAUAGCAGUGAAUGUAAUCGAUGACAAUGUUCCUGAGGAAGAAGAACACUUUAGAGUUAGCCUCAAGAACCCCAAAGGAGGAGCAGAGAUUGGCUUCCGCAGUCAAGUGACCUUGAUUAUUCCAGCAAACGAUGAUGCUCAUGGGAUUAUAGGCUUUGCAAAGGACUCUUUAGUUCGUGAGGUGGAUGAGCUAGAGAAUGACAACCCUGUGUCUCUGAGUAUUGAGAGGAGGAGAGGCAGGUUUGGCAGACUGACAGUACACUGGAGUGCCUAUGGAAGUCUUGAUGACAUUUUUCCCACUUCUGGAGUGGUGACAUUUUCUGGGAGUCAGGCUGUUGCUACUAUUACCCUGAAUAUAUUAGCAGAUGAUUUUCCAGAGCUAGCAGAAACAAUUACCAUAGUCCUGACCAAGGUCACAACGGUUGGCAUAACAGAUUCAUCCAAAGGUGCUGUGAUUGACCCUCUGCGUGGCCAAGCAAACCUCACCAUUGGGGCCAACGGUUCUCCUUACGGAGUAAUUGGUUGGCACCUUGACUCCCAGUACUUCAUCACGCCAGAACCUCAAAAGAGUCCAAGCAAUAUCACACUAAGUAUUGUGAGAGAUCAAGGAGCAUCAAGGGAUGUAUUAGUUCACUACAAAACUAUAGCGGCCCUCCACCUUCCACCUGUCAGUCAGGCUUCUGAGGGGAUGGACUAUGUGGCCAAAGAGGCCACAGUCAUCAUGAUGGAGAAUGCCACGGUUGUUUUGGUGACGAUUACCAUCCUUCCAGAUGAUAUUCCUGAACUGGCUGAAACAUUCCUUAUACACAUCACAAGUGUUGAACUAUUGGGUGGAGACACAGAAGCAGGUCAGCCAAGCAUAAGGAGACCUGAUCUGGAGGUAGCCGAGAUCACCAUCCAAGAGAAUGAUGAUCCAAGAGGAGUCCUCCGCUUUAAUGUCUCAAAGGAUGUUUCUGGGGCAGUGUUGGCCAAUGAGGUACCCACACCUGGAAAUAUCCUUCGUCUGGCAGUCAUGAGAAUGGCUGGUACAACUGGUAGGGUUGUGCUUUACUGGGAAGCCCAAGCGGUCACGGCGAGCACUGAGGACUUCAGUCCUUCCUCAGGAAACCUCACAUUUCUAGAGGGACAGGCAGUGGCCAGUAUUGAGAUCACCAUCAUUGAUGACAUAAUUGUGGAGUCUAUGGAGACUUUUAUUGUGAAACUGGUACGAGUCAUAGGAGGUGCGAGGUUGGGGGAUGAGACAUCUCUAAUAAUCAGCAUCCCGGCCAAUGAUUCUCCCCUUGGCCGGUUUGGGUUUGAGGAGCUAAUGAUCUCUGUGUCUGAGCCUCGGUUUGUGAAUGACCCUGCUUCCAUAGCUACACUGACUGUAGUGCGUAGCUCAGGUGAAGGAGUGGUCCAUUUGAUCUGGCUUUUGCAGGAAGAGGGCAAAGAUGAUCUAAGCCCUCGUAAUGGAACACUUAUAUUUAAUGGGACCGAGUCAAAGAAGACCCUGAUGAUUCAGGCUUUGGCUGAUGCUGUCCUGGAGGGAGAAGAGAGAUUCACUGUCCAGCUUCUGUCUCCAAAGAAUGAGCCAGUCAUUGAUCCAGUUAGAGGUGCUGCUACUUUUGUUAUUCAAGCUGACAUGGGUGCCCUAGGAACUGUAGGGAUAGCUGAUUCCAGCAGGAAUGUUCUGAUUGGAGAGCCAAGGAGCAAUUACAAUGGCACAGCUCUGGUCAGUCUUGUAAGAGGUCCUGGCAUCUUUGGUGAGAUUGAGAUCUACUGGAACAUUACCCCAGCUGCAAAAACACAGUUUGAGGAAACCUCAGGGAAGGUUGUCAUGAAAGACCGUCAAUCUGCUGCUACGAUUCAGCUAAAGGCGCUAAAGGAUGAGAUCCCAGAAGAAAAAUAUGAAUAUCAGCUCAGACUGAGCUCUCUUACUCCUGGAUCUGCAAUCAGCAUGGACAGACAACACGCCACCAUCACUAUGGCUGCCAGUGACCUUCCCUUUGGCCUCUUCUCUUUUUCCCAACCUUCUUUACGUGCCACAGAAGAAGACAAAGCUGGAAAUGUGACCAUUGUUCGGUCCAUGGGCCUGUUUGGCAGUGUGUGGGUCAGUUACCACACAGAAGGCAGAACUGCAAUCAGUGGACAGGAUUUUGUACAAUCCUCUGGUCGAGUGCUAUUCAAACCUGGGGAGACGUCAAGGGUCAUCACACUGACUAUACUAGAUGAUGAUCUUCCAGAAGGCCCAGAGGAUUUCUUCCUCAACAUUACUCUAGUGGAGCUUCUGAACAGCAGUUCCAUGGAUUUUACAGUGCGAGAGUAUGGCCUUCAGAUUGACCAGCCUCCUGCUAUUGGCAAUCUUUCUUCCAUCAUGGUGAUUAUACAGAAAAAUGACAACGCUGAAGGCAUCGUGGAGUUUGAUCCAAAAUAUGCCAACAUCACUGUUGAGGAGGAUGUAGGAAUUGUAUCCAUCCUUGUACUGAGGCGUAUUGGAUCCUAUGGGCAGGUCACAGCAGAGUUUAUCUCCAGAGGUUUGACUGCUCAACCUUAUUCAGAUUACAUCCUUUUCAAUGGGUCCAUAAAUGGGUCCGUCACCUUUCAGCAUGGCCAGACACAUCAGUACAUCAAUGUUUCCAUAAUGGAUGAUAUGGAGAGUGAAUUUAAUGAGAUAUUUGAGAUGCAACUUACCGGUGCCACAGGAGGUGCCAUACUAGGAGCACACCUAAUUGCAUGGAUUACAAUUGCCAAGAGUGACUCGCAAAAUGGUGUUGUACGAUUCAUCAACCAAAGCGCCGUUACCAUCCCAAACCCCAACAGUACCCUCAGACUGGCUCUUUUCAUUGAGAGAGCACACGGAGUGCUUGGAGAUGCCACGGUAACAUGGAAGAUUCUAGGUCCAAACUCAAAUGAGGUUUUACCAUCAGAAAACACAGACUUUGGGGAACCAGUGAAUGGAUCAUUUAGAUUCAGAGAUGGGGAGGGAGGUAUGCGCAGCAUAGAGCUGAAGAUUCUGCCACACGGUGAGGUGGAGGUGACAGAGAAAUUCAUUGUUGAGCUCAGUAUCCUUUCAGGAGAGAUGGACAUUGACCCCAGAGCUGGAUCUGUCACACUCACGAUUGAGAAGUUUGGCGACCCCAAUGGCAUAGUGCAGUUCACAGAGCAGGACCUGAAAGAGCGCAUCUACACUGAGCCUUCUGACAGAGAAGGGCCACUCAACAUUUCAGUUCUUAUCACACGAAGAGAGGGUGUCAUGGGCAACAUCACGGUUUUCUGGGAGAUCAUCAGUGAUGCAGACACAACAGGAGACUUUGCCACCAUAAAGGGUUUUACCAUCAUCCUGGCAGGGCAGCGUGUGGCAGAGAUAGUCCUCAAUCUGCUGCCUGACUCUGUUCCUGAGCUGGAGGAAAUCUACUACCUCCGUCUAACUUAUGUGGAGGGUGGUGCAGAACUGGACGCCAACCGAAGCAGUACCCGUUUGAAAGUCAGAGCCAAUGAUGAACCCCAUGGGGUGUUUGUCCUUUAUCCUCAAAACCAGUCAAUAAUUGUGAAUGUGGCAGAUCGAAGUAGGCACCUCGUUAUCAGUGUGAACAGGCUGUCAGGGGCAUUUGGCAAUGCCAGUGUGGGUUAUAGAGUCAGUUUUACCACCCCUGGGCAGAGUUUUACAAAGGACACAAUAACUGGGAAUAUACUAGUGAAGGAUGGAGAAAGUGAGGCCAGUGUUAAAGUGCCACUAAUUAGCCAGAUGUUCUUUGUGACAGGCUUUAACUUUAGCGUGGAGCUGACAGAUGUGACUCUGAUUGUUCCUCUGCUCGGCACCCCUCCCAGAAUUCAACAGGAGUCAAAGCUUGCCAUUGUCUCUGUCCCUGAAGUGGCAGCUAAUGCUGAGGUUGAAUUUGCAUCUUUGGCCUUGCGGGUCUCAGAUAUAGGGAGUGGCCACUGUGAGGCGCUGGUUAGACGGAGAGGCUUGUACGGGAACAUAACCGUCCGAUGGAGCGCUGGGUUCCCUCCAGGCCAAACUCCAGCAGGCUACCAACCAGGGGACAUCUCACCAAGAUCAGGUGCGGUAAUGCUUGCCCAUGGCCAGAGGAGUGAGCUGAUAUCUCUUAGUGCUGUUAAUAAUGUCUCGGAUGUCGCAGCGCAUGCCAUUUAUCUGACGUCAGUAGAGUCAGAUUUACCUGGUGGUGCCAGACUCAGGACUGGUUAUACAGUAGCCGAGGUGGAGCCUUUGGGAUUGUAUCAGUUUCAUCCUGAUUCUCGGCAGCUGGUGAUUGAGGAGGACGUACAGACCAUCACCCUGUAUGUCCAACGCCUCUAUGGCUUCCGUAGCAACCGCUCCAGAAUCUCCUAUGAGACAUGGCCUGGUAAUGCCCAUCCAGACAAGGACUUUGCUCUGGUAUCUGAUGGCCAGCUUGUGUUUGAUUCACACCAAACUUCUGCUGCCAUUCACCUGUCCAUCAUAGAUGAUACCUUAACUGAACCAGAUGAGAAUUUUUUCGUAAACUUGACCAACGUACGUGUUCUUAGUGCCGGUUUGCCUUCAGUCGAAGCUGAGCCUCGUAUUAUAUCUGAACAUAGUGUUGCUACAAUUACCAUUCUUGCUAACGAUGUGAUUAGCGGGUUUUUGAGUCUAGGGCCAGCGCUGAUGCGCAUUUCCGAAGACAGCCAUGAUGGGGCACCUCAACAGAAGAUUUCCCUAAGGGUUCGUAGGACAGUAGGCCUCACAGGAGUGGUGAGUGUCAAAGUAAAAGCUUAUGGAGGACUGAAAACAGCAGAGUUGGACAUAGCCCAGUUUCAUCGGGAGCAUAAUGGGACGUGGGCACUGGAAGGAGAGGACUUUGCUUUGGAGACCCAGUCUGUCGUAUUGUUAGAGGGGCAGAGUGAAGUGGAGGUCAGUGUACUUGUACUAAAUGAUCAAGAGCCGGAAGGGCAGGAGGCGUUCUUUAUCUACCUCAGCGAGGCAGAAGGCGGAGCAGAGAUUGUCAGUGUGCCAGAUGAACUGGGGUUCAUUUCCUUUGCCAAAAUCAUUAUUCUGGGGAGUGAUCUUCAGAAUGGUAUAGUUGGCUUCAGUUUGAGCUCUCAGUCAGGUCAGAUCUUGGAUGAGGACUCCGUGAACAGGACAGCUACACUUUUUCUGCAAAGACAAGAAAACAGAGCAUUUGAGGAUGUGUUUGUGUUUUGGCGGGUGACGUUCAACACUACUGCUCACUCGGUGUUCAGUUAUGGGGUAAAUCUGACCAGAGAGCUGCAGCAGACCUCAGGCUCAGCACUCUGCAGGAAAGGAGAAACUCUUUGUGCCCUUAGGUUGGAGGUCCGGCCAGAUCAGGACCCAGAGUACCAGGUGUGGUUUCUGGUGGAGGUCUAUAAAGUGGGUGAGGGUGCUGCCAUAAACCAGACCGCACGCUUUGCCAAUGUCACCAUGCUGGAGAGUGAUGACCCUCGGGGGCUGGUGUACUUUGCUCAGGGAUCCAGACUACCUGUGGUCACACUCCGAGCCACGAGUGUCAGUCUUCAGGUCUACAGGGACGCCAGUACAGCAUCAACAAUCUCUGUAAAGUACCGCAUGGAGGAGCUUCAGAAAGCAGAAUCUACUGGCUCCACUCUGAUCUGGCCUGCUGUAGCGGGGCAAGACUUUGUCAUGGCACAGGGCACACUUACCUUUGAGUUGGGACAGAGUAGUGCUGGCCUGAAUGUGGCCCUCACGCCAGCUUCUGGUUCCUCCAACCCAACACCUAAACGAUUCCGUGUGGUUCUCUACGAUGCGACCGGUGGCGCUCGGGUUCACCCAGAAUUUGGUCUGGCCAACGUGACUCUGGUUUCAGACUCAGAGUCUCAGGCUGUGUGGGCCCUGCUGGAUCAGCUGCAUCAGCCUCUGGAUGAGACCAUCAUUAACAGAGUCGUGCAGGGGCUUAUCAAUAAAGUCAGUAAAGACAUCACCCAAGAGCAGCUGACGGCAGUGUUAGACGGAAUGAGUAAGAUUCUGAAUUAUGCUGAGCAGACUCCACUAAAAGACAGCAGCCGCAGCUUGACCUAUGACCUCCUGUGUGCCAUGGCGAACCCCAGCCGAGGGGAUACCCGGGGCCUGAGCCAGCUGGCUGAAGUGGCGGAGCGCUUUGCCUUUACAUUGGUCACGGACACAGAGUGUGGAGCAGAAGGAAAGAGAGGCACAACCAUACUGGACACUUGUCCAUAUUUCUCUAUAGCUGCUCAUCACUGGUACCCCACUCAGAUCAAUGGCCACACAUUUACAGGCAAGAACGCAGACACCUUCACCCUGCCUGAAACCCUGCUGGAGGUACCAGCCCCACCCAUGGGCAGCAUGGUCCUGUCCGCUUGCCGUAAAGUGCACUUUACAGAGUAUAGCACUGAACACUGGUUCCUUACCAACACUAAAGCCAGCGCCUUAAAUGACAAGGUUUUGUCUGUCAGCCUGCAAGGUAGAGGAUCUAAACCUCUCGCUGAUGGUCAAGAAAUAGUUUACCGCAUACACACUCCAGACCGACGUGGGAAACCUCGCCAGUCUCUGUGCCUGUUGUGGAACCAGGCUGCAGAGAGCUGGCUGUCUGAUGGUCAGUUAUGUCGCGUGGUGGAUGACAGUCAGAAUUUCGUGGAGUGUGCGUGUACACAUCUGUCUGUUUAUACAGCGUAUGCAGAAACCGGAAGUUUCGCUUCAUUCAACGAAGGCUUCUAUGCUGCAGGUUUCAUAUGUAUCUCAGGAUUUGCCUUGGCCAUUGUAUCCCAUUUGCUGUGCGCUAGAUUCCUGAUGUUCGCUGCCAAACUCCUCACACACAUGAUGGUGGCCUGCUUAGGGACUCAGGUUUGUUUCCUGGUUUCUGCUUUCCGGGGACGGAUGUUCUCAGAGGACAGCUGUGCUACCCUUGGACUUUUCUUCCAUUAUUUCCACCUCAGCCAGUUCAGCUGGAUGCUCAUACAGGCUAUAAACUUCUGGCAGAUUUUAGUGAUGAAUGACGAGCACACAGAGAGACGCUAUCUCCUCUACUUCCUGCUCAGCUGGGGACUUCCUGCUCUGGUCAUUAUCAUCCUGGUCGUAGUCCUGCUGGGAGGUUAUGGAUGGAGUAUUCAUAGUGUCUAUGGCCUGGUGCAUGGAGAUUUGUGCUUCAUCCCAAAUGUGUAUGCUGCUCUUUGUACGGCCACCCUGGUUCCUCUCAUUUGUUUGGUGGGGGUGCUGGUGAUCUUCAUCCAUGCGUACCAGGUCACUCAGCAGUGGAAGGCUUAUGAUGACGUUUACCGAGGCCGGACAAACAGCUCAGAGGUUCCUAUUUUGCUGUACCUGUUUGCUCUGGUGACACUGGUGUGUUUGUGGGCUGGACUGCAUAUGGCCUAUAGAUACCUGUGGAUGCUGAUCCUCCUAGUCAUCUUCAACAUCUUUCUGGGUCUGUACGUGUUUUCUGUUUACUUUAUCAUGCGUAAUCAGCUUUUCUGGCCAGCUAAGGCGACCUACACCGUGGAGAUGAAUGGUCACGGCAGCCCUGACUCUAUGUACCAGAGUGGCGGAGCUAAUACAGUUGGGGGAGGAGAGAUUAGCAAGUCCACACAGAACCUUAUCAGUGCCAUGGAAGAGAUCUCUGCAGACUGGGAGAGAGCUUCUCUAAGGCAGCCCAGCAGUGUUUUCAAACAGACUCCUCAGGAUGAGACCUUCAUCACAGAAGGGGGAUUCAUCAACACUAGUCUGGGACAAGAUGAGGAAUCACAGGAAUUUGAUGAUCUUAUAUUUGCCUUAAAAACUGGUUCUGGCCUUAACGUGAGUGACAACGAGUCUAUCCACGGUAGUCAUGACAGUGGGGGUGUUGCUAACUCACAGAUCGUAGAACUCAGACGGAUUCCAAUUGCAGAUACGCACCUCUAACCUCACUGUUUUUGUACUGAAUAUUGUAAAAUAAAAACAGUAGUUGUUUUUUACUGUUUCUGCCUUUGCACUAAAUCUUAUUAGUUUUGAAGUUGUCUUUUUUAUAUGUGGAAAUUGCUGAAAAUGUUUUUUAAAUGUAUACAUAUGUGAAUAUAAUUAUCACAAAAUUAAUUUGUGAAGUUUUUAACAUUGUUUUGAAUGGAAAUAUAAUGUAGAUUGAGUAGCAGUUGGAUCAGUGAGCCCCGAAAAUGUGCUGCUUUGUUCGUGUAACACCAUUAAUAAAUGAUUCAUCCACUAUUUUAUUUGCGUUGUCUCAGAGUGAAUCAACAGUAUAUCCCCACUAAUGUAUAAAUAAUAUUGAACAAUAAAAAUGACCUUCCUGGUAGCAGAAUAAUAAUACAUUUUCUAAUUUAGGUUUAAACCUUAAAGUUGUGUCUGCAUGCUCAUACCACUUGAGAACAUAAACCAAUUCUACAUACUUUGCUAAGUUGUUUAUGUCUUUGGAGAAACUAUUGAUCAAUAGCACAUACCAGCAUGAAACACAAAGACUGACAAAAACACUGCCAUAAUCAGUGAUUUUAAAAUGUUUGAAAA